CUUGCUGCGAACACAUAAGAUCGCCAGUCCUUUCCUCACUCUCCUCUAUUUUAUACAAUUGCUUAAUUCGGUGUUUCUCUCAUUGCCGAUUAUUUCCCUCAAAAGCUGUGGUCAUGGAGUCCAACGCUGAGUCACGCGAUCGGCACACUCUCCGCAAAGCACUCACCCUCCUGGAGAGGGACUUUAGCAGCCUGGAAGAUCAGGGUUAUUAUACCUUAGACGAGACCCUGCUAAAGCGAUACCACAUCCAAACGGAGCCACUGAGCCUCCGCUGUAAUGAUUCCCUCGCACCAAAGUUUUUCGGUCCAUUUCUCGCUCAGGGCAUACCAGAGCCGACAGAAGAAUAUGUCGAUCGAGAUUACAACACUGCCAGACUCACACUGUCCAGCGAAUACGGACGGUUGAUCUACAUCUACCUCCAGUCAUACAUUCGCAAGUUGAUGAUCGACUUUCCCGCAGUCCGACGCGUAUGGUCAAGCAACCAGAUUGGGGAUUACGGCUUCGGUAACCUUUACCGCACGUUUGAGCCGGAGUUUGGCACAUUGUCAAUAUUUCAUGUCGCCAAGGCCGCCAGGCCGCAUAUUAAAUGCAUCAUGCACAAUGACCUCAAUGCAGAUGACAGUCAUCUGCUAUAUGGGGAGGUGUUGACCAUCGUGCGCAUCAUAUUGGGCCAACUGAAGCAGAAGGUAUUCGUAAAUGACAUGAUAGCACCGGUCCUACUUUUCUCACUGAACAGACAGCGCCCACGUGUCAUCGAGGCAUAUUAUGAUGGCCAGAAAUUAGUGUUACGCCACACUAAAUCUUAUGACUUCACAAACUUAGACAAAGCCGAGUUCAAGACGUUCGCACAAUGGUUCCUUGGCGAUCCUAUCGGUGAUACGUCGAAAACGGUAGUCCGAAUCUAACUCGUCGAGCAAGAGGUCAGGGCUUUUCCGGUUUCUGGUGGUUCGUGGGUUUUAUAGCUAUUGCGCGAGUAUUGUAAUUUUGGUCAAUUUCUG